CUCCUCAGUACCCGGGACCAUCAACACAGAGAACUCAUAUGAAGGUGCUCCAUCCUUAUCCUCCUGUGAAACUGUUACCAUGGCAAAGGAAACCUCAUCCAAAUAUGAGCACAUCACCUGCAAAGUUCUGAUCCGACCAGGAUCUCCUAAUGUUUACCAGCUGAAACCAAAGAAAGAGAAUAUUGGAACUCUGACAAGAAUGACUCUCGGUGAAAAGGAUCCAAACAAGUUAAACAAAACCAUCUUGCUUGUGGGUGAAACAGGAGCAGGAAAAUCUGCUCUGGUCAACACUCUGGUCAACUACACCAUGGGAGUGAAGUGGGAGGACAAUGUCUGGUUUCAGAUCGUAGAGGACGAGAAGAAAAGUCAAUCAGAAAGUCCAACAUCAGAUGUGACUGACUUUGAGGGUGAGGAGAAAAGUCAGUGUGAAAGUCAGACAACAGAUGUGAUCGUGUACGAGAUAAUUGGUUUUGAAGAUCAAACUCUGCCCUACUCUCUGACCAUCAUCGAUACUCCUGGAUAUGGAGACACCAGAGGAACUGAUCAUGAUAUCAUCAUCAGUGAAAGGUUAUUAGACUUGUUCCGCUCAAACGAUGAAGUUCAUGAGAUAAAUGCAGUGGGUCUGGUGAUGAAAGCAAGUGAGAAUCGACUGGAUGACCGACUGAGGUACAUCUUUGAUUCAAUAGUGUCUCUGUUUGGAAAAAACAUGGAGAAGAACAUUGUUGCCCUCAUCACACACUCAAAUGGAAGAACUCCUAAAAAUGUUCUGAAAGCCAUCGAGACUGCAGAGAUUAGAUGUGCCAAAAAUGAGAAGAAUCAGCCUGUUCACUUCCUGUUUGAUAACUGCCAGCAUGAAGACAGGACAGAGGAGACAGAAGCUCUUCAACAAGCAGAUAAAAGAACAAUGAAAGGACUGAGUCAGUUCACAAACUUCCUCGAAAAAACUGAAUCUCAAAAGCUGAAGGAAACUGUGGAGGUUCUGAAGGAGCGGAUUAGACUAGCAGCCUGCAUCCACAACCUGCAAGAGAGAAUUGAGUUUAUUGAAAAGAAACAGAGUGAAAUCAAGCAGAAUCAGGAAGCUCUGAAGAAAUAUGAAAAGAAGAUAAAGAACAAUGAAAAGUUCACUGUAGAAGUUGAGGAGGUCUACAAAGUUAAAGAACCUGUCAGUGAGAGGAGAUGGUGGGCACUUGGGUUAAAUUAUGGAGGAGCUGUCUGCUGCACUGUCUGCAAGGAGAACUGUCACUAUCCAUGCACACUGGCCUGGUCUCCAGAGAGCUGUGAGGUCAUGAAAAAAAUAUGCACUUUAUGUAAGGAUAAAUGUUUUGUAGCAGAUCAUGAGAAAGGCAAACCAUGCACUGAAUGUGAGGGAAAGUGUUGUGUAUCAUUUCAUGUUAAAGGAAAACAAUGUCCUGUAUGUGAGGAUAAAUAUCGUGAAUCGGAUCAUGAAAAAAAAUUAUAUUGUACUGUCUGUACUGGGAGGUGUCCUGUAUCAGUUCAUGUGAAAGAAAAACAGUGCACUGUAUGUGAGGAUGACUGUUGUGCAUUAGGUCAUGAGGAAGGCAAACAAUGUCCUGUAUGUGAGGGUAAAACAAAGAAAUCAGAUCAUGUUAAAAAAAUGUGGAAGUAUGUGAGCAGGACAAGGAAAGUACGAAAGACCAAACAGGACAUGAAAGACAAGUUUGAAAAGGGUAAAGCAGGCUGUGAGGAGUCAACAAGCCUUCUGGAAUCUCUUCAGAACAACAUCGAGGAACUUGAGAAAGAAAAAGAUCAGUGGCUGGAAGAGUCGUUCCAGCAUGUUGAGAGACUGGAGCAGCUCGCCCUGAAUGUGAAGUCACUGUCCACUUUUGUCAAUUUGGACUUCCUGAUUGAGAAGAUGAAGGAGAAAGGAGACACAGAGAAAGUCAAGAAACUGGAAAAGAUGAAAGAUGAAAUGGAUAAAAAUAAAGGAGUCAAAGCAGCACUGAAGUACGGGUUUGGUAGAGUAACAGCAGCUGGUAGAGCAGUUAAAGCAGCAGUGACGUACGUUGUAGAUUAACAGAAAGAUAAUGGGGGGUCAGCUGUGUAGAAAACACAGUCUACAAUGUUGGUGAAAUGUGUUUCAUUCUGUAUAUAUUAAGUGUGAUGUUGAUGUAAUAACUACAUAAGAACAUUCAAAUGUAAUCACCUUUUAAAUAUCAGAUGUGUAAUUCCUCAAACAGCGCCCUCUGUGAUAUUUAAUGGCUGUUUGUUUUUGUUCUUACAGUUUAACUUCACUGUACAGAUUAGAAAACUGUUUGGAUCAACAGCUCUGGUUUUAAAUGGAGUGAGGACGCCCCCUGCUGUUUGAUGUUGAGUACAGCAGCUCCCCUCCUCUAUCUUUAAACAAGACAUUUAUUUUUCUUUAGUUUCUUUGUGUAGGUUCAUUGUUUUUAAGGUUUUCUAAUGUGUUUUUCAGUCAGUACAAGGCUGUGAUUCAAUCUGAUGUUGACAGAAGUCUCAUUAAACUGGUGGUGGGACAGUAACACAACACUGAGACAUAUAUAAUAUAAACUGUACUGAACAUAUAAAGUAGUUAACCAUGAUGUUUCCUUCUCAUGUUAAUCAGUUUGUACAGAGGAUGUCACAGAAUUUAGACACAAUGUCUGAUGUAUUUACAUUUGAUUUAUAUUCUGAUCAAUGUUAUUAUAUACUAUAUAUCCUGGUGUGUUGAUGUGUGUUCAUGCACAUCUAUGUAUCCUGGUGUGUUGAUGUGUAUUCAUGCACAUCUAUAUAUCCUGGUGUGUUGAUGUGUGUUCAUGCACAUCUAUAUAUCCUGGUGUGUUGAUGUGUGUUCAUGCACAUCUAUAUAUCCUGGUGUGUUGAUGUGUAUUCAUGCACAUCUAUAUAUCCUGGUGUGUUGAUGUGUGUUCAUGCACAUCUAUAUAUCCUGGUGUGUUGAUGUGUAUUCAUGCACAUCUAUAUAUCCUGGUGUGUUGAUGUGUGUUCAUGCACAUCUAUAUAUCCUGGUGUGUUGGUGUGUAUUCAUGCUUGAGAUGACUAGUUAAAAUGUUUCAGAUGACACAGGUCAUUUAUGUUACACUGUGUCUUUAACAAGCCAUAUUAUCAGUGAUUGAUAUAUAUUCUGAUGUUCUACAUGAAAUCAUCCUGACUGGAGCCGUUUUCUGUGAAUCAUUAAUAAAACCUCUGCUUGAUGAAGUCA